AUGAUUAAAGCUAUAUUUCCAACAAAUUCAUUCGAUCAAUUUUUAUCUUCUUAUGAAGAAGAAGAAGAUCAUGUUUCGAUCGAUGACAAUAAUGACAUUCAUUCGAUUCUUGUCUAUAUUGGUCUUAUUACAAUUAUUCUAUUUUUUCUUCUUCUAAUAUUUUCAUUGAUUAAUAAAUGUAUGAAAAUAUUUCAUGAUGAAACAAUUACAACAAUGAAAACUAAACAACAGCAAAUAAGAUAUAAACGAUAUCAAUCGAAUUUUUUGAUAAAUAGACAAACAAAUAUGUCUUCAAUUCCAUCUUCAUCAUUUCUAAUUAAUUAUCAAUCAAAUAAUAUAUUAUCCAAACCUUCACUUUGUGCAACACUUCGAAUGCUUCAAUAUAAACAAGAAAAGUUAUCAUCUAUUGUUAAUGUAUAA